AUGGCCGAGCCGGCCGAAGCAGCGCCGCACGAGUCGCGACCGGAGCAGCCAGAAGUGGAAGCAACGAUCUCGACGCUGCUCGCGCAGAACCGCCGCACCGCCACCGCGUUCACCGUGACCAAACACUCGAACGACGCCGCCAAGAACUGGGACAAGUUCUACAAGAACCACGCCGACAAGUUCUUCAAGGACCGCCACUGGACGUCGCGCGAGUUCGGCACCGCCGUCGGCUCCUCUUCCGUCAAGCCCGAAGACGACCGCGACGAAGAGGCGCAGCUUGUAGCCGCCGAUGUUGCACGCCAAGGCUCCGCAGUUCUGCUCGAGGUAGGCUGUGGCGUGGGCAACAUGCUGUAUCCCUUGCUCGAGGCCAACGCGGGGUUGAGGGUGCAUUGCUGCGACUUUAGCCAGCGCGCAGUGGACAUGGUCCGAACCCACCCGAGAUACGAUGCGGCCAGAGUGAAUGCGUUUGUAUUCGAUCUGACGUCGUCGCAACCUUCGCUGGCAUCAUUGCUAAAGAAAGAGCCAUACGAUGCUUGGCCCGCACCUGCAACCGUCAGCCUCAUCUUUGUCCUCUCCGCCAUCCCACCGCAUCUGCAUCUCCAAGUGCUCAAGUCGCUAGCGGAUCUUUUGGCCGACAACCCGAGCGGGGGUCAUAUUCUGUUCAGAGACUAUGCGUAUGGUGAUCUAUCCCAGGUUCGCUACCACACCAAGAAGGACGCUGCGUGGGCAGAGCCGAGCUUGCUAUCCGACGAGCCGGGUCAGAACUGGUACCGCCGCGGAGACAAUACGUUCAACUACUUCUUCCAGCCGCACGAGCUCGACGCGCUCGCACAGCAGCUCGGUCUCCAAGGCGAGGCGCAACUUCUUCGACGCACCGCGGUGAACCGAAAGAGCGAAGUCAACAUGCAGCGUCGAUUCGUCCAAGCCAAGUGGUUCGUCCCCGCGCGCACGUAA